GCCGCCGAGCGGUAUUUGGUCGCGUGACGCCGACCGGUGCGCAUCGAUCCGAUCCGAGCCGACGAGACCCGACUCCGACCGCCUCGGCGAGUGAGAAUUCGCGGCAGCCACGAAAAUCAAUCCCCGCGUCGCGUUCGCAAUUUUCUUGGCUCGGCCGUGAUUCCGAGGCUCGAGCAGCGCCCGAGGGCCGAGGCCAGGGGCUCGCGACGCACACGGUUCCGGCCGUGUAUCCGGCGAACAACACCACGGAGAACCAUCGCGACAGACGUCGGAGCCAGCGCGAGGAGCCGCUCGCCUUCGAGAUGCUGAGGAAAUUGCUGAGCAAGUCCGGACGCAGACUCCUCCGGGCGAUCAAGAAGCUGUCGACGAGGAGCCGGGAGGCGAAAAAGUCGCAGAACUUGACCUCUUGGCAGUCGGCCAUGCCGGACAUCGAGACCGCCUCUCUGUCGUGGUCUAUGCCGUCGCUGGACGCGAAAAGCAUCGACACCUACACCACUUACGUGGCCGAGAACUCGGAGGACUGCGUCUCGACCUGCUGCUACUGCGACGAGUACGAGGAGAACCAGAGGAACGAGAAUAUCGAGAACGAGAUGAUCAUGUAACGCGAACGUUCGCCGUUCGGAAGUCUCCGCGACGCGGCCUCUGUCUCGGCGGUGCCGAAUCGGAGGGGAUCGGCCAUCUUCGGCGGUCGGCGGCGCGUCCGGGCAUCGAGCAGGGAUAACGCGAACCUCCUCGACAACUCCUCCUGUAAUCCGUUCCAAAGAGUACUUGUAACUUAUUUUUCGACGAUUUUCCUAAUAUCUGCGUGUAACUAUGGCGGACACCGUUGACUCGGUCGGCACGAAUCAUCGUCGAUGGUCCGACCGAGGGUUUCCGUGUUUCGAUGAAACACGAUUCGGAGAGACUUUUCGGAUAACCUCUAACUCUACGUUUUUCGUUUUUAGCCUUUUCUAGAUUUACGUUAGGGGGCGUUUUACCGAAAAAGCGAACUUACCGAAAAAGCGUCGCGAUGUUUCCAAGUAUUUGUUUAUCCGCGAUUCUCGUUCGGACGAGCGCGUCGAGCGCGCUCGAUCUCGCGUAACCGAACCGAACAUUUGUCCACGGAAACCCGUCGUAUAGUUUUCGCGAGAGAGCAACGUACAAAAGUGUAAAACGUCCUCUGUCCAGGCGCGUGGAUCGCGCGGGCCGCGCAAGGGCGUUCCGGUAGUCGUGCAAUCGUUGCGAUCGUUCGUUCGAUCGUUGUAAUCGUCGGGCUCGGGUUCCGGCGGAUUAUUGUAAUCGUCUCUCCGGAUAUCGACGAGAACGUUUGCACGAAGGUAGAACGGUAACUUCGAUCCGAUUAGAUUCCAGAGGUUGUUUCGGCAACUUACGCGUGGACGAUAUUUAUUUCGUGGCGAUACUUUAAUCUUUCAGGCACGGCUGAAUUCUGCGCGAGGCUGUUUCUAUGGACGGCAGAGUCUGAUGUGUACUGUACAGAGUCUGAUACAG